CCCGUCCAUAACAAUGUCUCCUGUGCGGUCCUGGGGGCUCAGGAGUGUGUGCAGGGAUUUGGUGGCAGCAGAGGGGUACAAGAAGGGAGUUUAUACGGCCCGAAGUGGGCACUGUGUGGAGUAUUCCCCCAAUAUGCCCCCGGAAAAGGGGUUCGGUAAAGGAGGGCGCCCUUCCCCUGCCUGAGUGUCCCUCCUGGAGCUUCAAGGGGUUCCCGGCCCCUCUUCACCCACCUGCCGAUUGCCUCUUUCCCCAGUCUGUAACUCACAGCCCUUCUCCUGUCUGGGUAGACUAAAGAUCGAGGAGGGCAGGCCAAUGAGUAGCGGAACUGGAGAAAUGCGGUGCCCCAGUUUCCCAGGGAUGGUUUAGGCAGCUGUCUCCACCCCAGACUUCCGGUUCCUGUCCUCGAAAUAGGGCCGCAGCCACCAUGGAGGAACCGGAGAUGCAGCUCAAGGGAAAGAAAGUAACAGACAAGUUCACUGAGAGUGUCUACGUCCUGGCCAACGAGCCAUCCGUGGCCCUGUACCGGCUGCAGGAGCACGUGCGCCGCUCUCUGCCCGAGCUGGCCCAGCAUAAGCGCCGUGAAGAACCUUGUCGACAGCAGCGUCUACUUCCGCAGCGUGGAGGGCCUCCUCAAACAGGCCAUCAGCAUCCGAGACCACAUGAACGCCACAGCCCAGGGCCACAGCCUCGCCCAGGAUUUUCCUCAGACGCCACCUCAUCAGGGCUACCCUGCAGCCCUAGGGGUCUCUCAGACCUCGCCUUGACUCACCUCUUGCCCCCCAGCCCGACCAAAGCUUGGACCCUUGGACACAGCCUUGUGGGACUUGGCAGGGACAGAAGACCAAGCCUGCUGUGUACUCUGAGGGUCCUGCCCCUGGGAAGCCCCUUCCUGGCCCCUGCCUCAUCCCCCAGCAAGGCCUCUGGAUGCCCCAAGAUUGGUCCGCAUGCCCCUACGCUACUCAGACCCUCUCCAGGACUCCAGUUCUUCAAGAAACCCAUGGAAACACCCCUUUUGUGCUACCACAACACACGGCCCAGGCUCCGGGAGACAGAGCUGGACAGAGACAUUUCUAAACCACGGGGUCAGCGCUCAGGUCCUGGCCCGGGGAACAGGACACCCCAGUCCCUGGACUCCCGCUGUCCUGUCACAGUACCUGCUCCAGGUGGCCACUGUGCUCAUAUCCAUCACUGUAGAUUCAGCACGCACCACCACCUCCCCCCAGCAGUUCCGGUCACGCCAACAUCUGGAGAAGGGGCCGCCAGGUCUGUCUGCUGCCUGGGGUGGGGAUUUGCAUACCAAGGACACUCCACCCAGCCUGGGACAAUGGGGAGGAAGAAAAUUCAGAUCUCACGCAUUCUGGACCAAAGGAAUCGGCAGGUGACAUUUACCAAGCGGAAGUUUGGGUUGAUGAAGAAGGCCUAUGAGCUAAGUGUACUCUGCGACUGUGAGAUCGCCCUCAUCAUCUUCAAUAGCGCCAACCGCCUCUUCCAGUACGCCAGCACGGACAUGGACCGUGUGCUACUGAAGUACACAGAGUACAGUGAGCCUCACGAGAGCCGCACCAACACCGACAUCCUUGAGACACUGAAGCGGAGGGGCGUGGGCCUUGAUGGACAAGAGCUGGAGCCAGAGGAGGUGAUUGAGGGGCCAGGAGAGAAGCUGCGGAGGCUGGCAGGUGAUGGGGGUGACCCAGCCUUGCCCCGACCCCGGCUCUAUCCAGCAGCUCCCACCAUGCCCAGCCCUGACAUGGCAUAUGGGGCCCUGCCCCCACCAGGCUGCGACCCCAGUGGGCUUGGGGAGGCCCUGCCUGCCCAGAGCCGCCCAUCCCCCUUCCGUCCAGGAGCCCCUAAAGCUGGCCCCCCAGGCCUUGCGCACCCUCUCUUCUCAGCAAGCCACCUUGGCAGCAAGACACCACCGCCCCUGUACCUGGCAGUGGAUGGGAGGAGGCCAGACCUGCCUGGUGGCCUGGCUGGGGCCCGAGGGGGACUGAGCACCUCGAGAGGCCUCUAUGGUAGCCUGCAGAGUCCGUGCUCCACUGCCACCCCAGGACCCCCACUAGGGAGCUUCCCCUUCCUCCCUGCAGGUCCCCCAGAAUAUGGCCUGGGAGACCCCCCUCCGCCCCCAGGCUUGCUGCAGCCCCCCACCCUGGCCCCCUGGCAGCCCUCCAGGGGUGAUGGGCCUCCAGUCACCCCCGCCCAGCCCAGUGGGGGCCGCAGCCUGGGCGAGGAAGGCCCUCCGGCCCGCAGUGCCUCCUCGCCCACCCCACCAGUCAGCAUCAAGUCCGAGCGCCUCUCGCCGGCCCCUGGAGGCCCCGGCGACUUUCCAAAGGCCUUCCCCUACCCCUUGCUCCUGGCCCGGCCCCUGGCAGAGCCCCUACGGCCUGGGCCCCCCCUGCGCCGGCUGCCCACUACCGACGGCUGGCCUCGGUAGUAGGCCCGGGGGUGGCACCGAUUCUGCCCCUCACACCAGGCGAGGUGAGGGCACGCGGGGUCCCAACCUCCCUCCCUGUGUCCUUGGAGAAGACCCAGCAGUUACGACCCUCUCCACGGCAGGGGCCUGGAGGGGGGAAAGCCUGGUUCGGAUCCAAGGUUGGGGUGCUCGUUUCCCCCUUCCCGUGUGUGUGUAUCCAUCAAUAAAACACACGGGACAUCCGUGAACAAAA